AGCCAUUUUUUAUAAAAACGGCUAGCCAGAUACCCAUAAUGUUUUGCACUUUUUUUAUGCCCAUUUGAGCCUGGUCUCGUUCAAAAAGCGCUCGUCCGGAUCGCGACCUUCCCUUGUGAGACGCCCUGUGCAAUAUGUGAACUGCCUUUCAAUUUUUUUCUUCUUUCUAUUUUUGGUUAUAAUUUAAUAAAUUUGGGUUAUGGACCCCGUUCAUUUCAGUGUGAAAUUCAAUAUACAUUUUGGACUCUGAAAAUUCUGUAAUAUUUGUUGAAAAUUGGAACCUUUUGGGCGUCGAUAAGCCUCGUUUAGGUUUAGAUACAUGUCGACGCAACGAUGUGGUCGCGAUCAACAAAAAAUGAAGCAAGUGAUCGAUCAGAUUAAUAUGCUCGCCAACAAUUUGGACGAUUUACGUGCAGAGAUUGGCGCGCUAAAAAUCAAUUAUCUUGCCAAUGACCUGGAGCUCUCGUCCAAUAAUCGCCACGAACACCGUACGAAUGACAAAUCAAGCGUUUUAUACAAAGUUAAGAAGUAUACGAGGAAAAUUGGAAACGUUGGUUUGCUGAAGACCAGACACGGAUCUGCAAAAGAACACGAGGUUUAUUAUCCUAAUAAGACUCUGGAUCCGGCAUUGCUUUCACCUCUGAGGUAUAUUUUUCGCAUCGGAAAGAAGGGCAACGUGUUUCACAUUCCUACUGAAAUCACAUGUUUGACAGACGAGUGCAGUCAGACUGACAACAAAUCUCGUCAGCAAUUUGCGAGACCGUCUGUAGAUCGAAAUUUGACAACAUCGAAAUACGUGGAAAGUGUGGAGGAGGCUAUCUCUCCCCAUAAAGCUAAACAAGGAAUCCAACGACACGAUAAAAUAAUAUUCGGAACAAAACGUGCCACUCUUUUUCCACGAUUCUCCGAGUUAAGUUGCGAAUUAGAUUCGUAUCCAGAAGAUCCCACAUUCCUAAAUUCGUACACGUUUCCAUCAAAAUCUAAUCUGAAAGAUACUUCGCAAGCUAGAAAUGUCUGUUUACCGAACGAAAACGAACAAUUUGUAAGCACGUACACUCAAACCAUUCCUCCGAAAGUAAAACGGAAACGUAGAAAUUUCAAUUUUCCCACGAAACAUUCGAAUCUUAAUUUUGCCAAGAUAAGGAAUGCUGUGAUCACAAAGAAAAUGAUAAGAAACCCCAAUGAGAAAACGUUUACAGUAUGUAGGGAUGUGAGUGACACGAAAGACUACCCCUAUGUAAAACAGAAAUUGUACGAAUGUUCCUGCAAAACAAAGAGAGUAAGCAACACGGUUGAAACAGUUCACAACAAAACGUUUGAGAGAGAAUUUUCCAUAGAAAAAGAUCUAAAAAGAUUUAACAAUGUUUCCUCGAUGAGUGAAGACAACAUGUACGAACAGUUUUCUUAUGACGAAGAACUAGAAUCAUCUCCUUCUAUUUCAUUGUCUAUGGGUUUGGAACAGAAUGUUUCUAACAGUUCCAAUGAAAUUGAAGAAUCUUAUCCCUGUAGGAAACCAAGGACCUAUACAAUAAACAAAAGGUCCCAGAAACAUAAUAACAGUUGGUUCGAUCGGUUUGAAAGUAUAAUUUAUGUAGGAGAAACUUCUGACUUGACUCUCUCCUCCCAAAGUUUUCAGAAUUAAAAUACACACUGGAUUCUGUUCAUCUAUUAUCUAAAGAUACAUGUAUUAACCCUUUACACUCCAGUGGAAUCUUGCCAAUUUUGUACAUUCUACAACUUGUUCUCAAAUUAAACACUUUCAUUAAUCAGACACGAGCAUACAUAAAUUCACAUUGUUUAAUAAGAAUAUUAUAUUUAUUCUUAUAUUUAUAACAGGACAUCUCUAAUUGUAAGUAUAUGAACAGUAGAGCUAGC